AUGCCCUUCGGUGCAAUCCAGCUCAUUGCGACUCUCGGUGGCGCGUGGCUGGCAACGAGGUACAAGACAAAAGGUGGUGUCGUCGCGCUUCUCUGCCUCCCUGCCAUUGCUGGCUGCGUGAUGUUGCUGGAGAUUCCUCGUGGCGACUCGCAUAAGGGACCACUGCUUGCUGGUUACUACAUUAUCUCCGUAUACCCUGGCAUAACACCCAUGAUCUACUCCUGGGCCGCCGCAAACACAGCGGGUGAGACCAAGAAGAAGGUCAUCAACGGUAUCCUGCUCGUCGGGCAGUGCGCCGGGAAUGUCGUCGGCCCAAACCUCUACACAACCGAAGAAGCCCCCCUGUACAGACGCGGCCUGCUUUCCAACCUGGCCAUGUUCUGCGUCCUCGUCGUGCUCUGCGCCCUGAAUAUGGCUUAUAUCUUCCUCCUCAACAAACGGCAAGAGAAGCGGCGCGUGGCCAUGGGUAAACCAGCCAAGAUCAUCGAUCUGUCAAUGCAGGCAGUCGGCGAGACGGAGAUCGACAGCAAGGACGAUGUGGUUCAGCGGGCAGAAGACAAUGCGUUCAAGGACCUGACGGACUUCGAGAACGAGGAUUUUGUGUAUGUUUACUAG